AUGUUAUUAACCGUCAGUGCAAUCGAACCGGCAGAGUGCAAACAAGGGGUGCUCAAAAAUCAACUAAAUCUGAACGCAAUGGAUCUUGAGCGAGCUCGGUUAGACAUUGAAAAUAUUGCGUGGGACGAUUUGUUCAUAUCAGAAGACGUUUUUCAAGGUUGUGAGGAAUAUUAUCGACAAGCGGAAAAAAUGUCCGACUUUCUACGUUCAAUAGACAUUUUAAAUGUUGAUUGCGAAAGUGAUGUAGUUGUUGAAAAUUCAGUGGAUUUUAAUUCACUGCUAUUUUAUUAUACCAUUUUCGGCAUAUUUUCUCGAUAUUCUCCAACGAUAACGGAACGGCGAAGUUCUACAAAUAGCUACCCCGAAUGGUUUACACCAGCGCUGGUCAAUCUAAUGAAAGAAAAGAGAUCAGCUUUGAAACGGAUGCGUCGUUCAUCCUCAAGCGAAAACGUGGCAAACUACAAACAAAUCCUAAGAGUAUUUAAAGCGGUUCACAGAGAAGCGUAUCAAGUUUACAUCGCGGAUAUACAAACUCGCUUUAAGACUAACCCAAAAUCAUUCUGGAGAUUCGUAAAUGGCAGAAGAAAAGGAUCUGGCGUUCCGGAUUGUGUGAAUUACAACGGUGUUACGUCUACUGAUCUUCAAUCGUCUUCAGAACUCUUCGCGGCGUAUUUUAAAAGUGUGUUUACUGAGGUUACCGGUAAUAUCAGGGAAUUGCUCAGCGAUAAUGAUGAGGCGCCGUAUCAACUGUCCGAAGCUUGUGUGGAACGCGGUAUCUGCAAACUCGAUGCCAAUAAAUCAGCAGGUCCAGAUACGCUAUCGAACAAAAUUCUGAAAGAAUUUCGGCAGGAAUUUGUAACCCCUCUAAAAAGCUUGUUUAACGCGUCAUUGGCUUCCGGUCACUUCCCAGGAAUCUGGAAGAUUUCGCACGUCAUUCCGAUACAUAAAAAAGGGGCCAAAGGUGAUGUAGAAAACUACCGUGGAGUUGCUAUUCAAUCGGCCAUUCCGAAGCUUUUCGAGUCGCUGGUAUAUGGCCUUCUUUACGAUAAUGUAGCUAACCGUGUGUCUCCUGUACAGCACGGAUUCUUGAAGAAGAAGUCAGUGGUCACGAAUCUUUGCGAGUUCACCUCGGUGGUCACGGAUUGCAUCGCAAGUGGUUUACAAAUGGAUUGCAUAUACACCGAUAUGAGCAAAGCAUUUGAUGCUUGCAAUCAGGAGUACCGCAAGGUAGCCACUUAG